AUGGCAGCCAGCCGCACUUCGAAAACACUGAGCCCUAUCAUCAUCACCGGCGGAUGUGGCUUCGUCGGCUCUCACUUGGUAGAGGCCCUCCUGAAAGAAGAUGCCAGUUACGAGAUACACGUUAUCGACAUACACACUGAGCGCAACCGAUUUCCAGGCGUUACAUAUCACAGCUGUGAUAUUGCGUCUCCCAAUGAGGUUGAUGCAGUCUUCUCUGAGGCCAAACCGAGAACUGUAUUCCAUACCGCCUGUCCAGACUUCUUGGUCCUGAAUCCCUCCAGGUUUCAAAGUGUUAACGUUGGUGGCACUCAGAACCUACUCGUCUCGGCGAAAAAGAUCAAUACUGUUCAAGCGUUCAUCUACACUUCUUCAUCAUCAGUCAUCCACGACAAUAUCAGCAACCUCAUUGAUGCUGACGACACUCUUCCGGUCCUUCAAUACCCGGCACAGAAGCGUGUCUACACGUUGACCAAAGCUAGGGCUGAAGCUGAAGUCCUCGCAGCCAACCGAGAGAAUGACUCGUCAAUGCUGACAGCAUCUAUCCGCCCUGUUACAGCCUUUGGGGAGCGAGACUUCGGCUGCAUGGGAAAGAUCGUGGCGCAGUGUAGGGCUGGACGAGGAAACGUGCAGAUUGGCUCCGGAGACAACCUAUAUGAUUUCACCUACAUCACGAACCUAGCAGAUGCCCAUAUUCUAGCCGCUCACGCUCUUGUCGAAGCACACGGAAAGGCUCCUCUACCCCCGGAGAUGCGUGUGGAUGGGGAGACAUUCAUCAUUACCAACGACGAGCCAAUGUUGUUCUGGGAGUUUCAACGAGCAGUUGCUGCAUCGGUCGAUCUACCUAUCCGGCGAGAACAAAUCCGAGUCAUUCCUCGCUGGCUGGCUAUGCUGGUGGCAACCUUAACUGAAUGGGCAACCUGGAUAGGGUCUUUCGGGACAAAACAAGCCUCGAUUACCCGGGAAGCCAUCCACUUGACUACUAUCACGCGGACAUUGAAGUGUGACAAAGCCAAACGGAUUCUCGGUUAUAACCCGAGGAUCAGCAUAGAUGAAGGUCUGCAGAGGGCCGGGAAAUGGUUUAUUGAUGAGGCGAGAAAGACGCAGGACGCGAAGAAGAGGACCUGA